AUGGCUACUAUCAACGCAAGAGCUAUCGUGUACCCACAGUACGGUGAGCCAAUUAACGUCAUUAAGGCUCACUCUUACCAGUUACCUGCUCCAGAGAGUUUGAAAGAUGACCAAGUUCUUCUUCAGACACUUGCUACUCCUUUGAAUCCAUCUGACAUCAACCAGAUUCAGGGAGUCUAUCCAUCUCGUCCUCCUAUCUCUAUAGACUCUCUACCGGGAUUGAAGGAGCCCUCUGCUGUUUGCGGCAAUGAAGGAGUGUUCAAGGUGUUGGGAACUGGUCCAUCUGUCUCUGGUUUGAAGCCAGGUGAUUGGUGUAUUCCAAAGAAAGUUAAUUACGGUACUUGGAGAUCACAUGCGAUCUCACCAGAGGCCGACUUGCUGCAGGUGCCAAAUACGAUCCCGUUGACUCAAGCUGCUACUAUGGCUGUCAAUACUUCUAGUGCCUAUCUUAUGCUUUCUCAUUUUGUCGACUUGAACAAAGGGGACUGGUUUAUACAGAAUGGUGGUAAUUCUCAGGUGGGACGGUGUGCCAUUCAGAUCGCAAAGAAGAAAGGUAUUAACUCCAUUUCCAUCGUCAGAGACAGACCCAAUCUAAAAGAGUUGGUCGAUGAGUUGACCUCUUUGGGUGCUACUCACGUGAUUACAGAAGACGAUAGUGGAUCCAAGACAUUCGGUAAGACUGUCAAACAGUGGACCGGUGGUGAGCCAAUCAAAUUGGCUCUUAACUGUGUCGGCGGUAAGAACGCUUCUGACAUGUCCAGAAAAUUGACUAAGAAUGGUGUUUUCGUCACUUACGGUGGCAUGUCUAUGAAACCAGUCAUCCUACCAACCUCACUAUUUAUUUUUAAGAAUUUGAAAGCUGUUGGAUUUUGGAUUACCGAAAUGACCAAACAGGACCCUGAGUUGAGAGAGCAUGUUAUUAGUGAGGUAUUGAAGUUGAUCCAAGGUGGCGAUUUGGCUAAUAUUCACUGUACAUUGAAUAAGAUUGUCAAUGAUCAAGUCACAGACGAACAAUUUGUCGAGAGUUUCAAGCAAGGAUUGUUAGACUCCAAGAAGAAGGGAAAACAGAUUAUGGUCUUUGAUUAG